GUUUAGAGGACUCUCCACCAUGCGCGCUCCCGCGGUGGGGGCAUGCAGUUCCUUGGCAUGCAGAACUCGGCAUAACACCUGUGUCGGCGCUGUUGUGGGGGGAAGCCAGAUCGUGACAGGCUAGCAGGCGGAGGACUGUAAACAUGGCGGCGUGCACAGCUACAGGGCUGUGCCGAACACCCCGUUACUACUAAGCCUGAGAGACGGAGACACCUCGAACAUGGAGACCGAAGAGGAGCAGCACAUAACCACGCUCCUCUGCAUGGGGUUCCCGGACCCAGACGUGAUACGGAAAGCGCUCCGGCUCGCGAAAAACGACAUCAACGAGGCAGUGGCGCUCCUGACCAACGAAAGCCCCGGACUCGGGUAUGGAUACGAGCCGAUGGAGAGCGGGCCUGCCCCCGGCUUGGGCUCGAGUGGUGAAGGUGGGGAGAACAGCGGUCGGACCGGGACUGGAGGGUUCGACCCACCGCCUGCAUACCACGAUGUGGUGGACAGCGAGAGAAGCAAUGAUGAGAACGGAAACUGCUCCGGGGGCAGCAUGGAGUUUCCCACCACCAACUUGUACGAGCUGGAGAGUCGAGUCUUCACCGACCACUGGUCCAUACCGUACAAGAGAGAGGAGUCUUUGGGCAAGUGUCUCAUCGCGUCCACCUGCCUCGCCCGGCACGGUCUCGCUGACGCUGACGAGAACUGCAAGCGCUUCAUGGAUCGGUGCAUGCCGGAGGCCUUUAAAAAGUUGCUGACCAGCAGUGCUGUACACAAAUGGGGCACGGAGAUUCACGAGGGAAUCUACAACAUGCUCAUGCUGCUGGUGGAGCUGGUUGCAGAGAGGGUGAAGCAGGACCCCGUACCUGUGAACCUGAUGGGAGUCCUGACUAUGGCCUUCAACCCUGACAACGAGUACCAUUUUAAGAACCGCAUGAAGGCCUGUCAGAGGAACUGGGCUGAAGUUUUUGGAGAAGAGGCCAACAUGUUUGCUGUCUCCCCUAGCAACACGUAUCAGAAAGAGCCUCACGGUUGGCUGGUCGAUCUGGUGAAUCGAUUUGGAGAGUUGGGAGGGUUCACUGCCAUCCAGUCGAAGCUCAACACAGACGAAAUUGAGAUUGCUAGUGUGUCAGCUCUGGUCCAGCCUCUUGGAGUCGGUGCAGAAUACCUAAACUCCAGCCUCGUCCAGCCCAUGCUCGAUCCAGUCAUCCAUAAGAUGAUCACGUAUGUGCAGAACCUGGAGGAAAAGGACCUUAAAGACAAGCGUCUGGUGAGCAUCCCCGACCUGCUGUCGGCCAUCAAGCUGCUGUGCAUGAGGUUCCAGAGGGAGCUGGUUACUGUGGUGGAUGACCUGCGGCUGGACACACUGCUGCGCAUGCUCAAAACCCCCCACUUCUCUACCAAGAUGAACUCCCUCAAAGAGGUGACAAAGUUAAUAGAGGAGAGUACAGUGUCUAAGACGGUGAAGAAUGCCAUCGACACUGAUAAACUUUUGGACUGGCUGGUAGAGAACUCAGUCUUAUCAAUAGCACUGGAGGGAAACAUUGACCAGGCUCAGUACUGUGAGAGAAUCAAAGGAAUCAUUGAGUUACUGGGGAGUAAACUGUCGCUGGACGAACUCUCCAAGAUCUGGAGGAUACAGGCGGGCCAGUCUUCAACUGUGAUAGAAAACAUUCAUACAAUCAUCGCCGCUGCUGCUGUGAAGUUCAGCUUUGAUCAACUCACCCACCUCUUCGUCCUCAUACAGAAGAGCUGGGAGGUUGAGAGCGACCGCGUCAGGCAGAAGCUGCUCAGUCUGAUCGGGAGGAUCGGCAGAGAAGCUCGCUCGGAAACUACAACUGGAAAGGUGCUGGAGGUGCUGUGGGAGUUGGCUCACCUCCCCACCCUGCCAACCAGUCUAGUUCAGCAGGCGUUGGAGGAACACCUGGGGAUUCUGAGCGACGCCUACGCUGUCAAGGAGACCGUGAAACGCAACUACAUCAUUAAAUGUAUCGAGGACAUUAAGAAGACUCAGGAGGACAGUAAAGGCAGCGACACUCAAAGCUCAUUUCUUACGGGCACUUGGGGCAAGAAGAAAGCUAACUCUUUGGCCAAAGCUUCUCAGCAGAGCAGUCCUCAGGCAGUGUGGGUCGUUCCUGCUCUCCGUCAGCUGCAUGAGAUCACCCGUUCUUUCAUCAAGCAGACCUAUCAGAAACAAGACAAGAGCAUCAUCCAGGACUUGAAGAAGAACUUUGAGAUCGUCAAGCUGAUCACGGGAUCCCUCGUAAGCUGCCAUCGACUGGCUGUGACCGCCGGGGGAAACAACGGCCUCUCAGGGUCAACUCUGGUAGACGGACGAUACACCUACCAGGAGUAUCUGGACAGCCACCUGCGCUUCAUGGCCUUCUUCCUCCAGGAGGCCAGCCUCUACCUGGUCUGGAACAGGGCCAAAGAGCUCUGGGAGUGCCUGGUGUCGGGGCCAGAUGUCUGUGAACUUGACCGUGAGAUGUGUUUUGAGUGGUUCACCAAAGGACAACACGACCUCGAGAGUGACGUUCAGCAGCAGCUCUUCAAGGAGAAGAUCCUCAAACUGGAGCCUUAUGAGAUCACCAUGAACGGUUUCAAUCUGUUCAAGACGUUCUUUGAGAACGUUAAUCUGUGUGACCAUCGCCUCAAACGCCAGGGAACUCAACUGUGUGUGGAACGCCUUGACCUGGCAGGGAUGGAUUUUAUCUGGCGCAUCGCCAUGGAAACCCCCGAUGAAGAGAUCGCCAAUGAAGCAAUCCAGCUCAUUAUCACAUAUAGCUACACCAACCUCAAUCCCAAGAUGAAGAAGGAUUCCGUGUCUUUGCACAAGAAGUUUAUUGCUGAUUGUUAUAAGCGACUAGAGGCAGCCAGCUCGGCCCUGGGCGGGCCUACUUUGACACAUGCUGUUACUAGGGCAACCAAGAUGCUGACGGCCACCGCCAUGCCGACUGUGGCCACAUCUGUACAAUCACCAUCCAGGUACAGAGGGGGGUUUGGAUCAACUAAGCUGGUUAUAAUCGAAAGACUGCUGCUACUGGCUGAACGCUACGUCAUCACUAUAGAGGACAUGUACUCAGUUCCUCGCACUAUUCUACCUCACGGGGCCUCGUACAAUGGACACCCUGUCACUCUUCACAUCACCUACGAGUCAACCAAAGACACUUUCACCUUAGAGACCCACAGUAAUGAGACAAUAGGAAGUAUCCGGUGGAAGAUUUCCGAGCACUUGAGCUGUCCGGUGGAUAAUGUCCAGAUCUUUGCCAAUGACAGUGUGUUGACCAUGAAUCGGGAUCAGAAGCUGCUGUCCCAGCUUGGCUUCAGCGAUGAGCAGAGUCUAACUGUGAAGAGCUCGGGCACCGGCACUCCCUCCGGCAGCUCUGAGUCCUCGGCCUCCGCCUCCAGCAGUUCCAGCUCGGCUGUCUUCAACUCAGCCUACGCCUUGGAGCAGGAGAAGUCGCUCCCCGGUGUGGUGAUGGCUUUGGUGUGUAAUGUGUUUGAGAUGCUUUACCAGCUGGCUAACCUGGAUGAAUCCAGGAUCACCCUUCGUGUGAGGAAGCUGCUGCUGCUGAUUCCAACAGAUCCAGAGGUGCAGGAUGCUCUCGACAACUUUGUUCCCAAAGAAUCCAGCGUCUGGAGCCACCAGAAAACACUGUUCCAGGGUACAGGCUCUCGUUCUCCGUCUAUGUCCUCCAAGCAGCAGCACCAACCCAGUGCUGCAUCCAUUUUAGAGUCCCUCUUCAGGUCCUCGGCCCCGGGCAUGUCCACCUUCAGAGUGCUGUACAACCUGGAGGUGUUGAGUUCAAAGCUCAUGCCCACAUCGGAUGAUGAGAUGGCCAAAACCAGCAGCAAGUCCUUCUGUGAGAACUUCCUUAAAGCAGGAGGCCUCAGUCUGGUGGUGAAUGUUAUGCAGAGAGAUUCAAUCCCAUCAGAGGUGGACUAUGAGACCAGGCAGGGAGUCUACUCCAUCUGUCUCCAGCUGGCCAGGUUUCUUCUGGUUGGUCAGAGCAUGCCUGCUGCGCUGGACGACGAUGUCAUCAGGGACGGCGAGGCGCUGUCGUCUCGUCCAUUUCGUAACGCGGGACGGGCCGGGAGACAGUUGUCUCUCUGCGGAACGCCAGAGAAGUCCUCCUACAGACAGAUGUCUCUGUCCGAGCGCUCCUCCAUUAGAGUCGAGGAGAUCAUACCCGCCGCUCGUGUAGCUAUUCAGACCAUGGAGGUUGGCGAUUUCACCUCAACUGUGGCCUGUUUCAUGCGCCUGACCUGGGCAGCGGCAGCGGGCCGGUUAGAUCUGGUCGGCAGCCCUCAGCCAAUCAGAGAGACCCACAGCUCUCUUCUGCCGCAGGGCGUGCGCACCAGAGUCAGCAGUACAGGGAGUAACUGCAGCUCCAGCAGUGAGGGCGAGACCACGCCAACAGCUUUGCACGCGGGGAUAUGUGUCAGACAGCAAAGUGUCUCGAUCAAAGAUGCCAUCAUCGCUCGCGAGGCCCUGUCACUGCUCGUUACAUGUCUGCAGUUACGCUGCCAGCAGCUAUGUUCUUUUUACAAUCUUCCCUCCGUCAAUGACUUUAUCAUUGAUAUUCUUCUGGGAUCUCCCAGUGGAGAGAUCCGUCGCGUCGCUUGCGAUCAGCUCUACACCCUGAGCCAGUCUGACACUUCAGCCUUCCCCGAUGUCCAGAAACCCAACCUGUUCCUCCUCUCGGUCAUCCUCACUGCUCAGCUGCCACUAUGGAGUCCCACGUCUGUGAUGAGGGGGGUCAAUCAGAGGUUGCUGUCCCAAUGCACUGAGUACUUUGACCUAAGAUGUCAGCUUCUGGAUGACCUAACCACUUCAGAGAUGGAGGUGGUGAAAGUGAGUGCAGCCACCAUGCUGGAGGACGAGAUCUCCUGGCUCGACAACUUUGAGCCCAGUUGGAGCUCUGAGAUGGAGACCAGUGAGGCGGACAACAUCCUCCUGGCGGGACACCUCCGCCUCAUCAAGACCUUGCUUUCACUGUGUGGCAAUGAGAAGGAACAGCUCGGGGCGUCUCUGAUCCAGCAGCUCUUGGACGACUUCCUGUUUCGAGCCUCGCGCAUCAUCAUCAACAGUUCAAAUCCCACGCCCUCCCCGGCCCCCAGCCAUGACUUCCACCCCAAGUGCAGCACAGCCAGCAGCAGGCUGGCAGCUUACGAGGUGUUGGUGAUGCUGGCAGACAGCUCUCUGUCAAACCUCCGGCUCAUCACCAAAGAGCUGAUGUCAAUGCACCACCAGUCUGAUCCUUCCCUCUGCAAGGAGUUUGACUAUCUACCCCCUGUGGAGAGCCGGUCGGUCUCAGGUUUCGUCGGGCUAAAGAACGGCGGAGCCACAUGUUACAUGAACGCUGUGUUUCAGCAGCUCUACAUGCAACCCGGCCUGCCAGAGGCUUUCCUGUCCAUUGAGGAUGACACCGAUCAGCCAGAAGAGAGCGUCUUCUACCAGGUCCAGUCUCUGUUUGGACACCUGAUGGAGAGCAAACUGCAGUACUACGUCCCCGAGAACUUCUGGAAGAUCUUUAAGAUGUGGAACAAGGAGCUGUAUGUAAGAGAACAGCAGGAUGCUUAUGAGUUCUUCACCAGCCUGGUGGACCAGCUUGACGAACAUCUAAAGAAAAUGGGUCGAGAACAGAUCUUCAAAAACACGUUUCAGGGAAUCUUCUCCGAUCAGAAGAUUUGUAAAGACUGUCCUCACCGGUACGAGCGUGAAGAAACGUUCAUGGCUUUGAACCUCGGAGUGACGUCUUGUCAAAGUUUAGAGAUCUCUUUGGACCAGUUUGUCCGAGGAGAGGUGCUAGAGGGCAGUAACGCCUACUACUGUGAGAAAUGCAAGGAGAAGAGAACCACGGUGAAGAGGACGUGUAUCAAAUCCCUGCCCAGCGUCCUUUGCAUUCACCUCAUGCGCUUUGGCUUCGACUGGGAAAGCGCGCGCUCCAUCAAAUACGACGAACAGAUUCGGUUCCCCUGGGUGCUGAACAUGGAGCCGUACACCGUCUCUGGAAUGGCUCGUCAAGAUUGCAGCACGGAGGGCGGCGAGGGGCGAGGCGACGGGACCUCAGGAGGGUCGCCGAGGAAGAAAGUCACGAUCUCUGAGAACUAUGAACUCGUCGGAGUUGUUGUUCACAGCGGUCAGGCACAUGCCGGACACUAUUACUCCUUCAUUAAGGAUAGACGUGGCAGCGCCCGCGGACGCUGGUACAAGUUCAACGACAACGUGGUGGAGGAGUUCGACAUGAACGACGAAACUCUGGAGUACGAGUGCUUCGGUGGAGAGUACCGUCCCAAAGUUUACGACCAAUCCAACCCGUACCCUGACGUGCGGAGGAGAUACUGGAACGCCUACAUGUUGUUCUAUCAGAAGAUCAGUGACCAGAACUCACCCGUCCUGCCCAAGAAAAGCAGAGUCAGCAUCAUGAGGCAGGAGGCUGAAGACCUUACACUGUCCGCCCCGUCCUCUCCUGACGUUUCCCCGCAGUCCUCUCCUCGCCCCCCGAGGGCCAACAACGAUCGCCUCACCCUCCUCACCCGCCUGGUUCGGAAGGGAGAGAAGAAGGGCCUGUUUGUGGAGAAGAUGCCCGCCAGCAUCUAUCAGAUGGUCAGAGACGAGAAUCUCAAGUUCAUGAGGAACAGAGACGUCUACAACAGCGACUACUUCAACUUCGCCCUCUCCCUGGCCUCCGUCAAUGCAACAAAGCUGAAGCAUCCAGACUACCAACCCAUGGCCAAAGAGAGUCUUCAGCUGGCUGUUCACUUUCUCCUUCACACCUACCUGCACACCAAAAAGAAGCUCCGGGUGGACACAGAGGAGUGGAUGGCCACGGUGGAGGUGUUGCUUUCUAAGAGCUGUGAAGCCUGUCAGUGGAUGGUGCAGUACUUGGUUGGACCGGAGGGACGAGAGAUCACCAGGGUUUGUCUGUUGGAGUGCAGUGUAAGAGAGGUGAGGGUGGUGGUCGCAUCCAUCCUUGAAAAGACUCUAGAGAGCGCGCUCCACUUUGGAGACCCGGGAUUGGACAACCUGACCGACGCCCUGCUCUCCUUACUGGACAAAGACGUCCCCGAGAAUGUGAAAAACUGUGCGCAGUACUUCAGCCUCUUCAGCAACUUCGCUCAGAGGGGUUGCGGUCCUUGCCAGUUGUUGUUGAAACACUCAGCGUAUCGCCGGAUGCUUAUCUUCCUGUUGGGACCCAAUAGGCAAAACAACCAGAACCGGCGGUGGAGUCCGGCUCAGGCUCGAGAGUUUCUUCACCUCCACAGCACUCUGGCUCUCAUCACUCUACACUCUGACCUCAGCCCACAGCGGACGCAGGCUCCGGGAGGAUUUAAACUGCGUCUGAGCGGCGUCACGUCCUCCAACCCGCUCCUCCCCCUCCACGCAGACAUCCUGGCCUCGCUCUUCACUCCGGAGGGACAGCCUUACCUUCUGGAGGUGAUGUUUGCCAUGCGUGAGUUGUCAGGUCCUCUGUCUCUGCUGAUAGAGAUGGUGACCUACAGUUCGUACUGUAACGAGCCUUUCUCCCUGGGUGUGCUGCAGCUGCUCAAGACUCAGCUGGAGACAGCUCCACCUCAUGAACUGAAGAACGUUUUCCAGAUGCUGCAGGAGCUGCUCGUAAUGGAAGACCCUCUGCAGGCCCAGAGACUCAAGUAUGCCUUCGAGUCAGAGAAAGGCCUUUUAGCUUUGAUGCACCAGAGCAACAACGUGGACAGCAGACGCUGCUAUCAGUGUGUGAAGUUCCUGGUCACAUUGGCCCAGAAGUGUGCUCCAGCCAAGGAUUACUUCAAGGACUUGUCUGGUCACUGGAGCUGGGCGGUGCAGUGGCUGCAAAAGAAGAUGACAGAACACUACUGGACUCCACAGAGUAACGUCUCCAAUGAAACAUCCACCAAUAAAACCUUCCAGCGUACUAUCUCUGCACAGGACACCUUGGCCUACGCCACGGCGCUGUUAAACGAGAAGGAGCAGUCCGGCAGCAGUAACGGUUCUGACGGCAGCCCGGCCAAUGAAAACGCCGACCGCAGCCUCCGACAGGGGUCGGAGUCUCCCAUGAUGCUCGGCGAUUCGAAGAGCGAUCUAGAGGACGUUGACCCCUAGCUCCUCCCGAACCAGCAGGAUCCCUCCGAGAGGAGAGGAGAGGCGGCUCACGGCUCCGAGGGGGCCAGCCAUCAAGGAAAGGGCUGCACUUUUUUGCCUCUGAUUUGGUUUUUUCCGGGACAUUUAGGACUCCACAACAAAGCCAAUCAGACACACUCAUUCUCUCGGUCGCUACGGCAACGAAGGAGCUAUGAAUAAAUCAUAAAUUACUUCCUUUCAGAGCAGCCAAAGGCGAUGAUGGAGAUGCAUUAUCAUUAAGGGCAGCAGAGUUGAUUACAGUGGGACGUGCAAGAGGAAAAACAGAAAAAAAACAAAAAGAGAAACCUUCCACAAUCACGGAUGACUUCAGUUUAUCCUUUUAUUCAUUCAUUCACUCAGAAUGACAGCAAAAGGUGGAGGAUGGGUUUGGGUUGUGUUUUAACAAUUGUCUGCUCAUAUUUGCCAAUGUAUCUACAUAGACAUAUUCAUAUUGUAAAGAUUUGUUCCAUAGAUGUAAUUUCAAGUGUAAGAUAAUAUUUUAAAGUCUCCUGCGCUCUUCUCCGCAGCCACGCAAACGUCGCGAAAGGUCACGUUAAAAGCCGCUCUAGAGGAACUCAUCAAGACAGACGUGCGCACCUGUACAGCAACACCUCCGACACAUACACACACACACACACACACACACACAUGUGAGCACUUGGGGAGGCGGGUGGGGUUUAAGUAUGCACUUUAUAGUCCAGCCCAGUCUUAUCGUGACGUACAGCAGCCACCGGUCGGUUCCUCUAGAGCCUCCUCGCGGUUCGUGUUCCUCCUCUUCUUUUUUGCUUUUAACAACUUUCAGUGCCACUUCCACAGACACACACGGUGAGCCACUCUACCUGUGACUUCACCUUUUACACCUGCGUCACUACAGUGUAGCCACGGGAGGGGGGAGGGUGCAGCACAGGGCAGACGCUUUCCUCGAAACAGGACAAAUCUGAAACAAGAGUGCCACGAGCAGCACUCUCACUCUUCUGAUUCUUCUUCGCGCUGUCAGUCAGCCUCGUGUGCUGGAUUUUUAUUCUUCUCAUCGCUGUCUUUUUAUUUUGUUUUUCUUUGCCACUUUUCUUUGACUCAUCUGAGAGAGAGAGAGAGAGGAUGUUUAGGGACUCAAGCCUUAUGCAAGAAAAAAGCUGAUCUGGAAGCGCACGGAUCAGUCGCGGUGGGCCGUCAGUGCCGACUGAGGGAGGAGCUCAGGAGCAUGUUUUAUUUUUAGGUGCCAAGGUUACACACACACACACACACACACACACACACAAAUAAUUAUACAAUAUGAUAGAACUUGUGAAAAACAUGCAAAUGUGUCACUCACUCCUCCUCGCCUCACUGUUACCUCUGCUUUAUCAGGUUUGAUUUGUUGUUGUUUUUUCUUUCAAUGGACUUUUAUUUUGUUUUUUGCUUUUGUCUACCUUUGGAAACACACACACACACACACACACACACACACACACACACACACACACACACACACACACACACACACACACACAGAGGAGCUAAACCCAAAUGUACUACACGAGAACUGCGUACAUCCACCACCACCACCAAAAUCAUCGGGAGACUUGAAGUGCCUUAACCUCCCGAUCUCCCCUCCCGUCCCACCUCUCUGAACGAGGAGGCGGGUUAACAUCUUGCUCCACCUGUCCCCCCCUGAACGUGACACCCAACUGGUGUCUCCUGUGGUCAAGUAGUAGUCACGCCUAGUAGUCACGGAGUGCAACAGGGCUUCUUCAUCACCGCCACCCAUCAUUAGACCCAAAAUAAUACAGGGAAGAUGUCCUCUGUGUGCUGUGACAAAGGAUUGUAGGAAUGUAACUGUUGUUGAUUCUGUGUGUGUGUGUGUGUGGGAGGGGAUGGGCGGGUAUGUUGCACCCUAAAUAAAACAGGGUGUAGGUGACAGGACAGGGUUUUGGUGACGGUGUUAAACAGAAAUGCUGCUUCUUUUCACUCUGCACUCGACGCAGACACACUUUGUAGAUUCACGCCAGGUAGUUUUAAAGGAAGCCACUCAAGAUGACAUGAAGCCUAAAGUAGCUUAGCAUCUCAGCUUUAACAGGUUUAAUGUUUACAGUGUGAGGACCUACCUAUUUUUUUUUUUUCUGUUUGAUCAGUCCACUCAAAAAAAAAAAAAAAGCCUGAAGAAGACACCCGGCCCAUUUUCCUCCUCUCCCUGAUUUCACUUAGAUGUGGAUGUCACGUUUGCAUGUGUGGCAGUAAGCGGUGGUGAAGUUUUGUCUUUUCCUGUGUGACAGAGAGAGAGAAAAGAAAAAGCAGCCUCCUCCUCCUCCUCCUCCUCCUCCUGUGUUGUUUGCUGUGUAAUUUGGUCAUUAGCACUUACUGUCACAAACAUUUUCCACCCCACGUCUCUGUGGCCGGUUAACGCCGUCUGAUGACGGAGCUGCAUGCAGUCUGUGCCAAGCGAUACAUGACCAACAUGAGUCGCAGUCAGCCAAGAGUGUCUCCUAGGUUUGCCCCCACUACUUGCAACAACAACAUCAUCACCACAACAACUUAAAAAAAAAAAAAGGACGAAAAAACUCCCAAAAAAUAAAAAAAAUCUUUUUCUUUUAACCCUGGGAUGCAGGGAGGGACGGGGGAAGCGCGCGCGGGGUUCGGGAUCGGCAUCUGUACAGGUUUUUACUGUCAUUCAAUUUUGAGAAUUCACUUCUGCCAUCGCAGGAUUCUGUAACGCAUGUUAAAACUCCGUUUUAAUUUGUACAUCAGAGUUUGAUUAAGGGGAAAUUUGAUAUAAAAUAAACUGGAAUGCA